AUGUCACAUCGGGACCAUGACACGAAACAAAACACUCCGAAUGGCAAGAACAACAGCAACGAGACAGGUCCCGUCGUGGUCGGCGGGCACCACUACACUCCGUCCAUGCCCCCGCCAGGCCUGAACACGCCGUACGACAUCUCCGCCGAGGAACUGAGCCACUUCCGCUCCAACGCCUGGGCGAAAUCCCUGCUGGCGUCGGCCCUGCGCGACGGGGCGGGCGAAUACUUCCCCAUCGCGACGUGGUCGCGCGUGCCCAAGCCGUCGACGGGCGAAGACGGCUUCUUCUCGCAGACGCUGGCGACGCCGUCGACGGUGCCGUUCGUGCUGACGCUGCGGAGGAAGAAUCUCGAGCCGGUCACGGCGUCGUUGCCGAAGGAGCCUCCUGCGGCGGCGGAUCCGAAGCAGAAAAAGCCCGUCGCGCCCGACCGUCCCCCGGAUACCAUCACCCUGAUCACGCUGGCGAGCCCCGGGGUGUGCGGGCACCCCAACACAGCGCACGGCGGGCUGAUCGCCAGCCUGUUCGAUGAGGUCAUGUCGUUAGCCGUGGCGCUGCAUAUGCCGCCGUCCGCCAAUCCGUCGCUAGGCUCGCAGUCGCGUGACGGGUUGAUGUUCUACACGGCGCAGCUGAGUGUGCGGUACAGACAGCCCGUGGCGGUGCCGGGGCUGCUGGUGAUCCGGUCGUGGUGCGUUGCCCGCGACGGACGCAAGUACUGGACGGUGGCGCGUGCACUACAGGAGGAGGAAGGCGACAAGGAGGGAGGACAGUUGGAAUCGGCCAAGCGAAAGACAGUACGGGCAGAGGGGACUGCCAUGUGGAUUGAGGUGCCGUUGUCAAAGUUAUAG